AUGCCUAUCGAAAAGGACCUAAAAGAAGCUUACACCUUGUUGUACGACAAAAGAGAGAUUGAAAAGGCAUUGGAAUUGUACGACAAGAUUCUUGGCCAAGAUGGGAACAAUCUAUAUGCGAAUGCUUAUAAAUCAGCGUGUUUGGAGAAGCUUUACUUCAGGUCUUCUUCGUGGCACAAUGAAGAGACGCUUGAAUCAGCCACUGAUUUUUUGAAGAAAGCCUUGGAUAUAGCUCAGAAGAGAGGUGAUAGAGCCAAGAUUGGGUUUGUAUACUUUCGGUUCUGCAUUCAUUACUAUAACUGCAAGAAGUACGAUCUCUCGAAGGAGUAUUUGAGUAAAUGCGAGCAGUAUGGGUUUUCAGACGACACGCUACCGCUCUGGAAACACAAUAUCGAAACUGCGUAUGAGAAGCACAAAUCGAAGUUCAAGAAGGAGCAGCCCCAGGAGAAGCUCCAGGAGAAGCCUCAGGAGAAGCCUCAAGAGAAGCCUCAAGAAAUAAAUGUUGAAGUGCUGGCUCCUAAGGAUACGUUCAAAACAGACUGGUACCAGAGCUCCAACACAGUCUCUAUAUCUUUGUUCACCAAGAAUCUCCCCCAGUCUAAGGAUGACGUUAAUGUGUCCAUCAAGGAUUCCCUGCUAUCAAUUUCAUACCAGAUACCAAGCACAGGUUCCGAAUUUCAAUACUCUGUGAAGUUGAGCCAUAAUGUGGAACCAGAGCCUGUUCAGGUUUCUGUCUUUACUAAAAAGAUAGAAGUCACACUAAAAAAAGCUGAAAAGAUCCAGUGGAAAACACUAGAAAAGACUGGUAACGAAAUUACGCCGCCACCAACUGUCCCCGUGGUUGCUGAUGUCAAAGCUGAACCACUUGCUACUAAUAACCGCGCUGCGGAGCUUUCUUACCCAUCAUCUUCUAAAAAGGCUAUUGACUGGUCCAAAAUAGAUGUGGAUAGUGAUGAGGAUGAUCCAAAAACGCAAUCAGCCGAUAGUUUCUUCCAGCAGUUAUACAAAGGUGCAGAUGAAGAUACCCGUAGGGCCAUGAUGAAGUCUUUCAUCGAGAGUAAUGGUACCUCUUUGAGCACAAAUUGGGAAGAAGUGUCGAAAGGGAAAGUAGAACCAGCUCUACCAGAAGGAGUUGAGAUGAAAAAGUUAUGA